AUGAUGUGCAAUGUGGAAGUGUACAUGCCUCCGCCUGACUUUGAAGGAGGUGUUCCAGAUUCAUCAGUUGGGCCAGAUCCUGCUGCCACGGCUUCCUCAUAUACUCUGGAAGAUAUUCCUUCCCUAAUUGAGAGGGCUAUAGCAAAACUACCUCUAGAUCUUGCUGCCCAAGCUAUUGACAAAAAGAGAAAGGCAAGAUCUCAAGACCCAGGAUGCAAAUAUGGGUGGUGGCCAGAUCCUUCCAAGGACUUUGUGCAGUGCAUAUUUUGCAGGAAGGUAGUGCCAGCCGGAAUAUGUAGAUUCAAGCAGCACCUUGCUGGGGGGUAUGGAGAUGCAAUAAAAUGUCCUAAUCCUCCAGCAAUAGUUAGGAAAGAGAUGGUUGUUUACUUGAAAAAGAGUUCAAGGACUGUUCUUGUGGAGGUACCUACAGAAGAUGAAGAUGAACAAGAUGCUACUGGUGCAGAAGAACCUGCAACUGUACUAGUACCAAGUUCUGGAACAAAAGUUAAGCAAGCCAAGAAGAAGAUUACUCAGGCUGCCAUCACUUCUUUCACUGUUUCUGCUGCAGCAAAACCAGCAACUCAAAAACAGUCUAGGUCAGUGAGUUCCAUGCUUUGCAAGUCACCAGAAGAAGUAGUUCUAGAGAGGCACAAAUCCAAGCAAAGUCAACCUACACUUGAGCAGUGCACAAAGAAAAAUAAGGAGGCCAAAGUAAUUGUUGAUGAUCAUGUUGCCGAUUUCUUUUAUGAGAAUCGCAUUCCAUUGAACGUCAUUAAUUCAAGAAACUGGGAAGUUUUGCUUGAGUCAAUUGGACAAUAUGGUCCUGGGUACUGCUCACCAUCAUAUCAUGAUGUUAGGAUUCCGCUGCUUGAAAGAGCUAUGAAUAGAACAAUGGAGUUGAGGAAGAAGAAUGAGGAGGCUUGGAAGGAAUAUGGUUGCACCAUAAUGUCCGAUGGGUGGACUGACACAAGCCACCGCCAUCUCAUCAAUUUCCUUGCUAACAGUCCAACAGGGACUUUCUUUCUAGGGUCUGUUGAUGCUUCAAGUGAGAUAGCAAAUGCACCUAUGUUGGCUGACUUGUUGGAGAAGCAAAUUGAUAAGGUUGGGAUGGAACAUGUGGUGCAGAUUGUCACUGACAAUGGAGCCAACUUCAAGGCAGCAGUGAGGCUUUUAAUGGAGAGGAUCCCACAUCUAUUUUGGACACCAUGUGCAGCCCAUUGCUUGGAUUUGUUGUUGGAGGAUAUUGGGAAGAUCAAGGAAUUCCACACUUGCAUCAACAUGGCACAGAAGGUGACCAGAUUCAUGUACAAGCAUGGGAGGGUUCUAGAUCUAAUGCGAAAUAAGAUUGGAGGAGAUCUUGUGAGGCCAGCUAUAACUCGCUUUGCCACUUCAUUUCUCACAUUGGCAAGCCUGCAUAAGAACAAGAGUGGAUUGAGGAAUUUAGUGGUUAGUGAUGAAUGUCAUGCUACCAGUUUCUAUACCAUUCAAGAAGGCCGACGAGUUGAGAACAUUAUCCUUUCAAUGCCAUUUUGGUAUAAAGUGGAAUUAUGCCUAAGAGCUUCACAACCACUUCUUGUAGCUCUAAGGAUAGUAGAUGGAGAUGAGACACCAGCAGCUCCUGAGAUUAUGGCAGCCAUGGAUGUUGCAAAGGCCGCAAUAAAGGAUUCUUUGCAACGCAAACCAGAUUUACUCAAAGAGGUACUAAAAUACUAUAACAACAGAUGGGAAAACCAAAUGGAGCAGCAUCUGUAUGGAGCAGCCCUAUACUUGAAUCCAAGCAAGUUCUUUGCCCUAAAGGAAAAGGAUAAGAGACAAGCAGGAAGGCUGAGAAUCAUGUUUAAUCAAGUUAUAUGGAAGAUGGUGAGUGAAGAUGAUGAGCAGAACAAGAUAAGCAAGCAGGUUCAUACAAAAAAGAGAAAUCGAUUAGAGCACCAAAGGUUAAAUAAGUUGGUAUAUGUCAGUUACAACCGCAAGAUGAAAAACAGAUUUAAGAAAAUUAGAGAGCUAGGUUCCAAAGGAAAGAGAUGCAAUCCACUCUUGCUUGAUGAAUUUCAUUGGGAAAAUGAAUGGGUCAAUGAAAAUUGUGAACCAGAACCAGUUCAGGAAGGUGGUGGCGAUGCUAUGACUUGGGCUAUUGUGGAUGAGGCUAUUGGUGCAACUCAGGGUCUAGAGGGACAUAACUUGCCUAGGGCUGCUGCUACUCGUGCUGUUGUUGCUGCCCCUGUGAGGCGUACUUAUGCUAGGAACAGGAAGCGUCCAAGGAACACAGUGACUCAAGAUAUUGAUGAAGUUGAUGAUGAAGACCAAGAUCAGCAUGUAGAUUCAGCAAUAGCAAUGGAGGAGGAUGAAGAUUAUGCACCAACUGAAACUAGAGAUGGACCAACUAGAGAUGGAGAUGGAAGCUUCAAUUUUAAUGUUGAUUUGCUUAAUUAG